CGUGUCUUCUUAAAUUGUCGAAAGAGAAGAAGUGGUAAGCGUUUUCAGGAAGACAGAGGGAUAGUAUUCUGAACUGUCGACAAGGUCGAGACACUCUCUCUCUUUCUCUUUCUCUCUCUAUCGUAUAUGGCAAAAGGUAGAUUCAUCAGCGAAUUAACGGGAGAAUCGAGUGGCCCGUCUCUUUUCUCGAGGAGGACCACAGAACGGAGGCCGCCUACGGAGGUGGUGGUGGUUCUGUGCGGAGGUUGCCGUGUUGGCAAAGGAAGAGAGGGGGAGUACUCCCUCUCUCCGAUACUGGGGAGAAAAAGAGAGAAAGAGAAAGAGAAAGAAAGAGAGAGAGAGAGAGAGAGAGAGAAAUAGAGAGAAAGAGAGAGAAACACGCUCUCCUCCGGUGCACACUCUCGCGGUGACUUCGACCGGCAAAGUGCUCGCGUUCGUGAAAGUCCACAGACGACUUUCAGGGUCGUCUGCUUGGCUCCUUAGCACAAGCUCUCCUUCUCGUUCGCUCUCUCGAUCUUUUCCUCGGUUCGUCCGGAACUGACUGUUUUGUGAAAAAGGAAUCAUCGCAACGAGCUAAGAUCGUCGCACACGUAAGAACGAUUUGUAACGCGACGUACCUACCGGUUGGAUCUUUUAGAUCUACACUCUGUUGCUCUCUUUGAUUAUUUAUUCAUCGCGAUCAUCUGACGGAAGCAAGAAUCGUAUAUCAUUGGUGUUGUAUGAAUAGAGAAGAAGAAGAAGAAGAAAAAAAGGAGGGGAAGAUAGACCGUAAUAGAAGGUCAUCAAAUAUUUAUUUACAUUAGUAAACGAAAUGAGUUCGCGCCUUCGCAGUUCUUCAAUGUCGAAGGACAGACCAAAAGCAACGUCAUUUGGAAGCGAUACGUUUUAUUAUGAGCCGGAAGAACGAAAUGAUAAAAGGAAUGGCAAAGCGGCGCGGGAAAAUAGUUAUCGCUUUGGAGAUUUACGUAGGGAGUGUUCUGAGAGAAAUGGUAGACGGUUCGGAGAAGAAAUUGAAGAGGAUCCAGAUAUUCUUUAUAAGAGAAGCAAGGAUCGGUUUGCAUCAUGGGAUAUGAAAGAUAUAGCUGGACGUAAGGAAAUAGAUGAAAAGAAGAAGGAAGAUGAGGAAGCGGAGGAAGAGGAGGAAGAGGAGGAAGAGGAGGAUGAUGAAGAUGUGAAUGAUAACAAUGAUAAGCCACCGUUGCUUUACGAGGAAUACGUCGCAAGUCCGAGAAAAGAGAAUCAGAAAGAAAAGAUUAUCAAUCGAGAAAUACACGGAUCGAGAAAAGACGAGACGAGGAAGAAUGAAGAUUCCUCGGAAGGAGUCGAUUCACGAAAUUAUAUGUUCGCGGAGUCCUCGGAUGUUCGAAGAAAUGGUGAGAACCGGAAGAAAACGAGUUUUCCUAGUAUCGAUGUACGAACGGAUACAGAUCAUAGGAUCGGAGCGAUGAUCGAACGAUUGAAAACACGCGAAGAGGAUAAGUUGAGAAAUAGAAGAGAACGGGGAAGUCCGGAGAGAGGGGGGAUUAUUUCGUCGACGAUCGAGGAUCGUCGUCAACGUCGACGUCGACGUUGUCUCGUCGACGAAGAGCUUGGAAAUCGUCAGGAGGAUGAUACAAAAACGUCUGUUGGUUACGAUCAACGUUUCGACGAUUUCUGUAAAUCGAAUAGAGGCGAGGAAACGCACGAGGAUCGUAGAAGAUCGAGGAGUAUCGAGAAAGUUUCCAGAUAUGAAUUAGGCCGUGCAAGGAGUAACGACGCGAAUGGUUUUCGAGAGUUAGACGAGCGAAUUCCAAGAUACAUGCUUCGUGAAGCCGAGUCUCAUGUUCGCGAGGAGAUGUUUGGGUUGAACGUCGACGACAAUGUUCGACGUAUAGAAGGUAGACGUGCGCCCUUCGAUAGGGACAACGACCGUCGAGAGAAGGAGAAUUCUUCGAGGAAGAGCCAAGACGCGUACGUAGUCGAAAUCACUCGUAGACGAUCAAGAUCCAAGGACGUCGAGGAGGAUCGAGCUCGUACGAAGGACGAGACGAAGAGUAGUAAUAGUAGUAGUAGUACUACUCGUCCAUAUGAAGUAUUGCCCGGGGAAUUUGAUGUUAGAAUACAGAGAUAUGAAAGAGCAACGGUCGAAGAUAAGAGGGAUCAAGAAUAUUUAAAAAAAAAUCUUCACGAUCCUUCGAAGGAGAGAGAAACGGUCAGGAAGAUUUCUUUCAGCGGAGACACGGAUAUGUAUUCACAAAGGAUGCAUUCGAAGAAAGAGAUCGGUAUAACGAGGAGAACGUCUUUCAAGGAUCAGGAUAAUGAGAUACGAGGACGGAAUCCAUUCAAGAACGAUUCAGAUGGUGGAAUUAAGUGUACGAUAAAGAGUCGAAAGAGUGACGUCACCGAGAGGGAAAAGAUCGAAUUGGUAGAUAGUGUCGAUUUAGGAAGAAGGAGUUCUUUCAAAGCGAAACAUCCUGAGUAUGGUAAAAUCUCAUUUGAGGAGGAAGAAAAAGAAAAAAGAUCGUCGAGAGACCAUACACGAGUCUCUAAUGCAAGGAUAAUAUCAUUCGGGGAUGAUAAAAUUGUCGGGGAAAGAAAACGGACUCCUGAUAAUCAAGAUCGUGGAAUAAUUACCAGUAUCUCUUUCAAGGACGAAAACUCCGUCGAAUCGACUACGAGUCCUAUACGUCGAGUCUCGAAAGAACAAAGAGAAAACAUCUUAGGUAGACGAAUUUCUUUUAAGGAUCGAGGGAUCGAAUCUGAGAGGGAACAUUCUUAUGGGGUUUAUUGCGACGUUGGUAAGGAUCAAAACGAAGAAGAAUCAAAAAGGCGAAGUAGUUCGUUCGACGAUCGAUUUGUCGAAUCUGAUAGAAAUUUUUUCACGAGUCGCGAGAGAGGGGUAUCUAGUGGAACGAGUCCUUGGAAGGAUAGAAAUGAUAUAGAAUCGAGAGUUCGCUCCUCGAAUGGGCCUAUGAUAAAGAAAGUAAGUGAAGAAGGUACUCGGGACAAAAAAUUGGAAAAGCAUUCUCGAGCUUUUACAUCGGGGAGAGUAGAUGAGGAUAUAAAAGAAAAUUUUCAAGAAACGAAGGAUCGAAAGGAUUUUUGGCGCGAGAGUAACAGACUCUUUGCUGCAAAAUAUCUUAAAGAGAAUGGUAGAGGGAGAAGAACAGAGGGAAGGAUCUUAGGAAAGGAGAAUAAUGGAAGUCUCGUCGAAGGUGCUUACGAGGAGGACGAAGGAGACGAGAGCGAAAUCGAGCAAGAAGAUUCGAUUCGAAAGAACGGUCGCCGAAUCCCUGAUAAUCGAGAUUUUGAUUCGAAGGGAAGAAUCGCUCGUGAACGAAAUGGUACGACUAUUGUAAGGAUUCGUCCUAAUAUUUCGGAAAAUUCGAGACGACGUCGACGUAUGCAAGAUUUUGGUUUGGAGCGACGCAAAAGGUGUGAUGUGUCUUCACAGCGUUAUGAUAGCGAUGAGGAAAGUGGAGAGGAAGGUGAGAAGGAGGAUCAGAGGAGGGAGGAGGAGAAAGAUAAGAAAAAGGUAAUGCCGAUUGUAAAGGACGAUGAGGAUGCUGACAACGAGCAACGACUGGAUUCUUGGCGUGAAACUCGUAGAGAUGGCUUAAUACCAGGAAUACCCCAUGGAUCUACUCCCUCGAGAAGACUUUGGAAUUAUCGCGAAGGGGGUGUCCUGAUCACGGACGUCGAGGAGGGACAGCCAUGUUUACAGUGUGGAGACGUGUGUCCUGGAUUUUCCCCACAUAUUUGGAGGUGUUCAAAUACGGUGAGUCUCGGAUACCGUCGUUCUCACCCACGCAUUUAUGAGUGAGAUCACCUUUAUACUUUAGACUUCAUGCUGCGACGAAGGUGUUAUGGCGCGAGAGUCUUUCCUGUCCUUCCAAGAAAACUGUAAUAUAUUAAUAUAGGAUUUAUAGAAUUCGUAGGAUUCAUCGUGGAGAUCCGACGAUAUUGAAAAAAAAAAAAGAAAAAGAAUAUACAAUAUUUCCAAGAAAUGAUAUUUAGUAAUCGAUUAAAAAUCAAAUGGAGAAUAUCAAGAAUAAAGAUAAAGAUCAUGAUAAAAUAAGUUUAACGACUGAUAUCUGCAACCUUUAAAGACUCAUUCUUCAUGUGCUACAUUUUAUCUAUCAUUAAGUUCUGCUGUUAUCAGCGAACCGUUGUUUUAUUAUAUUUGCAACUAUAAUCUUGUAAAAUCUACUAUGAUCCUGUAAAAUUUAUUCAUUAAUGAAAAUAGAAGUCGAGCAGGAUGUAACUGUGAUAAAAGAGAGUGAGAGAGAGAGAGAGAGAGAGAGAGAGAGAGAGAAAAGAAUGAAAAAAGGUCGUCCAUUCAAAAAAUAAAUAUUCGUGUCUUAGAGUUUAGAUAAAAUAUUAAUUGAAUUCGGAUGUUCUUUUUUUUGGAACAUAAUGGGCGUGGCACAUUAAAACGAAUAAUUCUCGCAAUGGAUCGAAACAACUCAUAAGGGUUUGUAAUUUGAGUUUAACAAUGAAAGGGUAGCCGGUGACAUUUCUAGUAAAUAUCGUGCUUGCCCUAUUAACACAUGGGUGGGCAUGCUUGGACUAAGUCGUUUAGCGUAGAAGCCGUAAGGUAUUUGGCAAACAAAUCGAAACCUGAGAGACCUUUUCAAGGAUUCCAAAUGAUAUUUUUAUAUCUUACUCUACUUUUAGAAACUCGAUGUUCCUUUACUUUUUCAAAUAGAAAAAGAAAUUUCAUGUUAAAUGUUAAAAGGAAAACGUGAUAUUUUAUUUAUUUAUCGUAACUGUUUUCCUUUUUGUCAUAGUAGUUCGUCGUUCUAGAUAAGAAAAUACUUUCUUCGAAGAAGAGAAUUUCUUUAUAUUUCAUCAGAGAGCAUUAACAUUUCGUGAAUGAUAUUUUUGAAGAUAGUUUCUCGACUCGUAUGCGUUUGGCACGAUUCCUGGUCAAUUUCUUCUUGUUGAUUCGUCGCGAAUGCUUCUCUGACACAUAUCUCGUGAGUGCGUGCGUGCGUACGCACGCGAGUAUUUAUUUACGAUGAGGGAAAAUUCAUUCCGUGCGAAAAAAAUGGGACAUAUUUUGAAAGUCUCUGAAUUAAGGAGAUGCCCGUGACAACGAAUUAUUCGAGUAACGAAUAUUUCUCUAGAUAACUCUCGAAUACCUUUUAUCCUUACGAAAUAAUUGUUGAUCAUUAAAGAUCAAUUGAAAGGGAGAAAAAGAGAGAAAGAGAGAGAGAGAGAGAGAGAGAGAGAGAGAGAGAGAGAGACGGAUGCCGCAUAUAGUUCAGUAUAUGCUACAACAGUAGAGCUUUGUGAGAUAUUAAGGCUGUUACAAAAACAGAAAUUGCAUUUAAAAAAAAUUGCAUAAUUAAGAUUGUUAUUUUUUGUUUUGUUAUAUUAAUAACUUAUUAAUUCGAAGGCAGUGUAUGUCUCACGGAAAAUGUUUCAUUUUUUAUUUUAUUUUCCUUUAUCU